AUGUAUUUCACUUCUUCUCUCUACACAAAUAAAGAGAAAUGGCAUACACCACCACCACCACCACAACAACAACACUAUCUAUCCAAUAAUAAUAAUAAUAAUAAUAAUAAUAAUAAUAAUAAUAAUAACAAUAAUAAUCAUUAUCACUAUAAUAAUCAUUUCCAUGCGGAUGAGAUCUAUAGUCUACAAGGCGAAAAGAGGAGGAGUUCAUCACCAUACACCCCAUUGCAUAUCAAUAAGAAAGAAAGAGGAAUCUUAACAUCUAAACAAACAGAGAGAGAGAAAGGGAAGAAGAAAGAGAAGAAAGAGAAGAAAACUCUCAACGUGGGGCUUCCAUCUCCUUUGCACUUCAAGAGAGUGAAUCAUCUGCGAGACUCUCACAUCUCCGUGAACGUUAUCACGUGGAUGAACACAGAGCCAACGAUUUAUUAUUAUUAA